AUGCCAGAGGCAGAAAGCCACCCGAGCCAGGACUACGUGGACUCCCUGCAGCGGCUGAAGGACACGCUGAGCGAGCUGGAGUACAAGCAGCAGUCCAUCGCCAGCGGCCUGAGUGACCCCAGCAAGGUUGAGAAAGCCCUGCAGCAGGCAAAGGCCAUUUGUGAGACACUGGAAGCCCAGAAGCCCAGGGUGGAUAAACUUGCUGAAGAAACAAAGGCUUUGGAGAAACAUGCUGCUCCGGAUAUAAAAAAGGUUUACACGCAGGAGUUCAAGCAUGUGCAGGGACACUGGGAGAAGUUGAAGCUCAAGAUUUCCAAAGAUGUCAAACUACUGGAGGAAAUUACAUCCAAGUUGAGAAUAUUUGGGGCUGAUUCAAAAAUUGUUCAGAAGUGGAUGGAUGGUGUGAAAGACUUCUUAAUGACAGAAAAGGCUGUUCAAGGAGAUACGGAAGGACUUCAAAGACAACUUGACCAGUGCACAAUGUUGGUCAAUGAAAUGGAGACAAUUGAACCAUCGCUGAAAGAGAUGAAAGAAAUAGAGUCUGCUUUAAGAGCUCAGCCUAUUAUGAGCAUAAAUGCUUGGGCAAAGUCUAGGCUAGUAGACUGCCAGACUCAAUGGGAGAAACUGAGCAAACAGAUCAUUAGUCAGAAAAAUCGCCUGUCUGAAAGUCAGGAAAAAGCUGUAAAUCUGAAGAAGGAUUUGGCAGAGAUGCAAGAAUGGAUGACUCAAGCUGAAGAAGAAUAUUUGGAGAAAGAUUUUGAAUACAAGUCCCCUGAAGAGCUAGAGAAUGCUGUGAAGGAAAUGAAGAGAGCGAAGGAGGAUGUGUUGCAGAAAGAGGUGCGGGUGAAGAUUCUCAAAGACAACAUCAAGAUGUUGGCUGCCAAAGUGCUAUCUAGCGGUCAGGACCUGGCAACUGAGCUGAAUGUUGUGCUGGAGAACUACCAGUUACUAUGCAAUCGGAUCAGGGGGAAAUGCCACACUUUGGAGGAGGUGUGGUCCUGUUGGAUUGAGCUACUUCAGUAUCUUGAUUUAGAAACGGCUUGGCUAAACAAUCUAGAAGAAAGGGUGCAAAUGACAGAAAAUCUGCCUGAUAAGUUAGAUGCUGUCAAUGAUGCUCUUGAGUCCCUGGAAUCAGUCCUGCGUCAUCCAGCUGAUAAUCGUACCCAGAUUCGGGAACUUGGGCAGACACUGAUUGAUGGAGGGAUUCUUGAUGAUAUCAUCAGUGAAAAAUUGGAGGCUUUCAAUGCCCGCUAUGAGGAAUUGAGUCAUUUG